AUCAUGAUGCCGCGGCCGGGCCUUGGCUUCCUCUAUCUUGUCGAAGUAUCUCAUGGCGUCUCAAAUCACUGACUCUAAGAAGGAUAUCGUUGUGAUCGGUGCAGGCGUGAUUGGUCUGACGACUGCUCUGCGGAUACAAGAAACCGGGAAAUACCAUGUCACCAUUAUCGCGGAGACAUUACCAAGCGAUCCGUUGACCAUAAGAUACACAAGCCAAUGGGCGGGAGCCAUACACUCCGGCAGUUCUCAAGCUUACGUCGACGAAGCACAUCCGAAACAAUCAGAAAUUGAUAAUGAAACGUUCAAGAUCAUGUGGGACCUAUCUGCUCCAGGCAGUGAAGCUGAAAGAUGCUUCAAGCGGCUCACGAAGAAGUCAUACUACGGUGAAGUAAGACCAAAACCACACCUCUUAGAGUCUAUGCCUGAUUUUCGAUACAUAGAUCCCGGAGAGCUUCCCGAAGGAUCUGUCGAGGGCGUGUCUUUCAGCACCUUCUCGAUUGACGUGCCGAUAUACCUCAAUUACUUACUAUCUCGAUUUCUCGCACAUGGAGGUGCAAUAGUACGCGGGCAAGUCCAGCAUGUGUCCCAGGUCAUGGAAGGCGGCGUGGGUCCAUUCACCGGUGCAAAGAACUCAAGUAAACCGGCCGCGGUUGUCGCAUGCGUUGGCCUCGAAGCAAGGUUCCUGGGUGGUGUGGAGGACAGAGACGUGAUCGCAAUUCGUGGGCAGACCAUCUUGUUGAGGGCACCGUGGGUAGAUGAAUGCAUUCACACCUACGAUGGGCCGUUAAGUUACGUCAUUCCCAGGCGUAGCGGGGAUGUCGUUAUCGGAGGGACAUUCGUAAAGGAUGAUUGGUAUCCCCGUGCUCGCCUAGAAACAAGCAAAGAGAUCCUGGAACGUGUUCUCAAGAUAUAUCCGAAAAUCGCUCCCCCGGAAGUACGAGCAGCCAGGGAGCCGAGGGUGGAAGACAUAGAGCCUAUCUUCAUCGAAGAUCGGUGCGGUUUGAGACCGGGAAGGAAGCAAGGCAUUCGAAUUGAUGUGGACUCGAGCGGGGCUGUUCCUUUAGUGCUCAAUUAUGGACAUGGUGGAUAUGGGUAUAUGUCUUCCUGGGGAUCGGCAAGUCUGGCGUUAGGAUUAUUGGACGACGCAUUGGAAAAGAUAAGAUAAACUCUGGAAGGCUUAACCAUUAGCAUCGGGCGCGUUCAAUAGAUUUGGUCCUACUUUGCUGACCUUACAUGCCGUCUACCAUCAUGAGCUUUGACUCUGGUAUCAAGGAGAAUCCCCGACGUCAGCAAACUCGUUCCAUACAACUCAAAGAUCGACGUACAGUACAAGAUGUGAUAAUGCAAGAGGUGAUAAUGCAUAAGAUGUGGUAAUACAUACGAUGGGGUGACUCCCGACCUCGUUCGCAGGGAUUUAUGCACAAGAUAUAAUAUUUCAUAAUGCAUAUCGUUGCCGAAAAAGUUUGGCAGAGAUAUGCAUUAUCACAUCUGAAAUGAUACCGGAUUUGGAGCAUAGUGAUGCACAUGCACCUGCUAAAAUACCAUAUGCAUUGGU